CCGCCGACGUCAAUUUUGCGUCAUGGUGCUCGACGGUGCUCUCGACAUAUUUGCAAUAAACGAAGACACCGUUAACCGUCGGUUGGUGGUGAAGUCUAGCAUUCCAGUGUCGUAGGCGGUAGUUUCUAGUGUUUUUUGUCGAUGUGCGUAGCGUAGGUCAAGUUUUCAGUGAACAUUUUUGCAUUGUGCCUUCGGUGACAGCUGUUUUGUGCCCGUGUUUUCGUCGUGCAGUCAUUUGAACGUGCAGCAGCAUGAACCCCGCGUUGAUCGCGUGGUUUGCCGCGCGCCAGCGUGCCCGCCCCAACCCUGACCAGUGGCGUAACCCCUUCGACAUGCCGGAAGAACGUUUUAGGCGGCAUUUCCGAAUGUCGAAGAACACCGUGCGGCUUUUGUGCAGCCAGAUGGCCCACCUGCUAGAGCACCGCACUGCUGGAGGCCUGAGUGUUGAGGAUCAAGUUCUCUGCGCACUCAGGUUCUUCGCCACUGGGAGCUUUCAGUCGUCAGUCGGCAGCGAGGCGACCAUAAGGAUGUCUCAGUCUUCAGUCAGCAGGUGCAUUGCACGGGUUGCGCAGGCCAUUGUUGACGUAGGGAAGCUACGAGGAUGGGUGGCGUUCCCACGCACCGCCUUUGAACGAGCAGCCGUCAAGCAAGGCUUCUUGCAGCACGGCAGGCUCGGCGGUGUGAUCGGUUGCGUGGAUGGCACGUUUAUCGCCAUCGCUGCCCCGCGCCUCCCUCCUGCGCAGAAGGCAUCGUUUUGGUGCAGAAAGGGAUAUUACGCCCUCAACACCAUGGUGCAUUGUAUCAAUGCAAAUGUGUACCGCUAA